AUGUACCUCACACUAUGGGCUUUAGCACUGUUCAUUGCAUCUGUAUUCGCGAAGGGCGAAGUACGCGUCUGCAAGCAGAACGACACGUACCCAGAUUGCGGAUGGUACGGUGAAACGCACUCUGCCUGUGAUGGGACCUUGGAAAGCGACCGCCCCGCGUCCAGACCAUACCUGAUAGCACACACAGUAGGAAAGGGAGAGGACACCCUUGACGGUGUUAGCGAUCAAUGCCUGAAGGAGUACGGCCAUGGAUGCCGUUGGCCCUAUAACGCGAAGGGGCAACAGAAAGGAAAGCUCCUCUACUGCGCAAAAGCGGAGGAGCAACAGGACACAUAA